CUUAGCCCGAACGGUAACGUGAAACUCUUGAGCUAUCGCGCUACUCAGUUUAGAAGCGUACCAUCGACUUGGCGCUCAGACACGCUAUGGCAGCACUGCGGGUAGGCGGAGUGUGUUGCGGGUCGCACACGGACACGGUGGGAGGCUAUAUGCAGUCCGGCUUGCCAUGGUAUCCUUUCUCUCACGAUCGCCCUUCCUCAAACGCAUACUCUAACUUUGCGCCAACGUCGAAAUGGCCGCCGAAUGCUAUGCCAACAACGGGUCGCUCUAUGCGAAUACUGCGGCCACUUACGUUCCUUGUAAUCUUACAGCAGUCGAGAAUGGCGAACACUCAUCUUGUUGCGCGAUUGGAGACCUCUGUAUGACUAACGGGUUAUGUAUGGAACCAGCGAACGAAGCCAAAGGGGCAAAUCAUUACUGGAGAAAUGGCUGUACGGACAAAACAUGGCAAGAUCCCGCUUGCCCAAACGUUUGCCGGGGAGAUGAGGAACCGAACCACUACAACGCUUUCAUCUUCUACUGUUUCGACCCGAAAAACGAAUUCUGCUGCGCACCACAAGGCACACUUGAGGCGGGAGUCACUGGUCGAAAUACGAGUUGUUGCAACGACGAAGACUUGGUAUUCAAAGCCAGUGCGCCAGUAAUAGCAGGGACUGCGGCCGCAGCACUGCCGCGCGUUAGCACGACCAUCUCAUCUACCAGUAGUUCUCUCUUAUCGACAUCCACCAGCAGCCAGUCAAGUUCCACCAAAUCUGCCACCGCAGCAGGAGAGACAGUAACAUCCUCGACCCCGACUGCAUCAUCCGAAUCAUCAGGAUUGUCAUCCGGCGCAAAAGCAGGCAUGGGAGUCGGCAUCACACUGGGCGUACUCGCGGUCCUUGCCAUCGUUGGUGUUCUGUUCUUCAUGCGACGAAGAAAAGCGAACCGCAACAAUGCACACCUGCUCUCGGACUCAAAGGCCACUCCGCCACCGUAUGUCACGUAUGAAUCAGCUGGAACCGCGCGAGCCGAACUUGAGGGGACGAUGUUGCCAGCGGAAAUGCAUCAUGCAUCGGACAAGACUGGGAGCACGAAUACUAUCAGCAGAGAAAUUGGCACCACGACUCCAACGAAACAGGAUGCCGCAAUCACAAGGUACUCUUAGUUUAAAACGCGCACAAGCGAUGGUCGGCGAUGCACCGCAUCGCCAUCUACUAUGAUCAUUACUCAAACGACGUCCUUCUCGGGACAACUAGUCUCCU